GACCUACAGCUAUGCACAGCCAAGCAUCACAUCAUACGACAGCCUCAACUUUAGCUAGAAGCACGUCCACAGUUGCUUCAGACAAUCAUUAUUCAUCUCCCUGCCAACAAUACCUUCGGAUGGAUUUAGCAACAAGCAUUUGAAAUUGGCACCAUCUUUUACUGAAUUGCUGCCAUCGGCAGAACUCAAAUCGAAGUAGUAACAGCCUGGGAACAGGAUAUGCUACAGUAGGAGACCUUCAAGCAAACACACCUGAGACAACACUGCUCAGACAACUGCAAAGAUGCCGCUUUUCGGCUGGAUGAAAUGGCCAAAAAACGAUCCCUACAAAUCCUCAAGGUAUCCUGGAUCAGAGUUAGUUACGAAAACCCUGCUGAGGGAAUUGAAAUGGCACCUGAAAGAGCGUGAAAGGUUAGUGCAGGAGAUUGAAAACGAACAAAAAGUCCAGAAAACUGGCAUGGAUUACAACUGGUUGAAGAACUACCAAAAUCCUCAAGCAACAAUUCCAGCUACUGAGCAGCGGCAGCUCGAAGUUCUGUGCUCUCAAAUCCAACCCUGCCAGACUGGAACUGUUCUCAGCAGAUUUCGUGAAGUUUUGGCAGAAAAUGAUGUUUUGCCUUGGGAAAUCGUCUACAUAUUCAAGCAAGUUUUAAAGGAUUUUCUUACUACGAUUGAGAGAGAAAACCAACAAGAGCAACUGGUAAAUGUGUGGAAUACAAAUUGCUCCAAACAUUGUGGAGACAGUUCGAACAGAUCAGAGAAGGAGGAAAUCCCCACAGUUUCAAGUUACGUCGACAAAAACACACAAAGCAUGUUUCCCACUUUCUCUGAUAGGAUCUGGAACCUACCGUACUACUACCCAUCGAGUUAAGUUGCUUUGUGUCUCCUUCCUCUGUAGCUAUCUGCCUUCCUUCGCUGUGGUUGCCAUCCACAAGCAUAGCAAUAAGAAAUGUGACAUAAUCCCUUUUUUUACCUUAUGGGUUCAGAAACUAAAAUCCUUGAUUACAGCUAGUAUGCAUUAUAUAAUAUAAACUUGUAGUAUGAACUCUCUCCUCUUACCUGCAACAUCCCUUAAAGCUGUUGUGAUUGAAGGAACCUUUUAACCCAAAAUGUAGAUGUUGCUGAUAAAAGAAGCAUUUUAUUUUUGGCUUAUCUGUAGGUAUAGAAGCAUAAACAAGAACAGACUGAUUUCUGUAUUUCGGAAUAGCACCACUCUACAAACUGUUAGGCAACAACUUCUGUAUUUACCACGUAGUUUCUAAGCUCUAUGGGCAAUUUAUACAAUGUAAGAUUUCUUUAGUACAUCUGAUGUUAUAUUAAAUGGAUAAGUACCUUUUGGA